AUGUUCACCCUUCCUGACAUUCCAGGCCGAUAUCCAGUCGGCGCUACUACGUUUGCCGUACCCUUGGAGUCACCGCAAGCCGUGGGCUCGGCUAAAUUGAGGCAUUCGAGCGGAAACACUCCUUAUGAACCCGCGCUAUUACUAGAAGAGGUCGUCUUCACCGUAUUCUAUCCUGCAGAUCUCCAAAGUCCUAGCGCCGAUGGCACCCAGCCAGAACAGCUGAGGAAGACUAUGGACUGGGUGCCCAAGCCCGUCAAAGGGACACUCCGGGGGUAUGCGCACUUUGCCAAACUGCCAUUUUGGCUCUCGGCUAUUCCAGUGUAUCCAGAUGUGCCUCUUCUCGACCCUGCAGAGUCUUCGGACGACCCAGAGGCGCAAUGGCCCCUUGUAUUCUUCUCGCAUGGACUGAGCGGAACACGUACCACUUAUAGUCACCUAUGCAUUCGCCUAGCAUCUGAAGGCAAAGUUGUCAUUUCCAUGGAGCAUCGCGACGGUACCGCGCCUGUUGUCAUGUCUCACUUCUCCGGAGGAUCCCAAGGUAAAAAAGGCAAGCGAAGACGGAGGCCUAAAGUUAAAUACUAUUUGCAUCCCGAAGACAUAUUUUACGAGGGUGACGGAGCCCAAUCCAAGUCUGCCUUUCGUGCCGAUCAGCUACUGUUCAGACGGAUCGAGGUGUACCUUGCAUACAAGGCUUUCUCUGACCUGGUGGAUGCACAUCCCCGUGCAGAAUCAGGUGUCCACGUUGUGUAUGGUUACAAAUGCUACGAAAUGCCAAAAAGGGGAGCGUUUUGGCAGAGUUGGGCAGCAGGCCAUGUGCAAUGCCGAGACGACAUCACUUAUAUCGGGCAUUCAUUUGGCGGAGCAUUAGUUGUAAGCUUACAUGCGUUAUUACACAAAGGGGCACGCUUUGAACCACUUCCAAUCACACAUGCACUCGUCCUAGACCCCUGGCUCGAGCCACUCGCGACACCCGGUCCUGCGCCGCACGUCGAGGCGACCCGCGACGCACGCGCACCGAGCAUCCUCGUACUGAACUCCGAGGAAUUCACGCUCUGGCCGGACCAUUUCGCGCGGCUCGAGGGCGUCGUGCGCGCGUGGCGGCAGGACAUCAGGGAGGCGAACCACGUCCCGGGCGAGGAGUCGCAAUCGACGCCCGUGAAGCUCCUCACGCUCGUGCGCGCGAAACAUGUAUCGUUCUCGGAUUUCGGCGUCAUAUGGCCGCUGGGGCACGCCUCGCGCGACGGGCGGAUCGUGCUGAAGAUUGUAGGCGACCUGGCGAUCGCAUUUCUGGGCGGCGAGCUCAGGGAGGCGCUGCAGGGCAUUGAGAAGAGAGACAUGGAGAUAGAGCAUACGAAGAAGGGCAGCUUGAAUAGUGCGCCACCUGCACUAAGACAUCGCAAAUUGGUCGGACACAUCGGGGAGGUGAUUGUUCAUUGA